AUGAAGACCGUGCUGAUCCCCACGAGAGUCAUCGAACGCAUGGCUGUCAGCGCCAAGGGGCGAAUGAUCGCGCUGAGGCUAAAAGAGUCCUUUAGCUGCGGGCUGCUGCAAGCAGACUCAGAUGAGGAUGCAAAGCUCUCAGAGUUUGCGCUGGUGCCGCCAAAGGACCAGGUUCACGCGGUGCUUACAGCUCUCCGAUGGUGGCUGCCACAUGUGUCGGUCUCGGGAAACAUUCCUGCAAAGCUUAGCGCGGACGGCAUUGUUCUGCGUCUCGAGGGCCUGAUGCUCACCGCCAGGGACAUGAAGCUACUCGAGGAUGAGCAAUGCCUCAAUGACUCGGUCAUAGACUUUUUCCUUCGACUGGCGCUGGAUGUGAUCGCACCGGACCACAUGAAAGGUGAGUUCUACAUGGCUAGCACGUUCUUCUACCAGAAGCUGACAUCUGGUGGCGUUGAGAAUGGAGAGCAGGGAUGGAACAACGUCCGGCGCUGGACCCGGUCACUGCCAGGGGGCCUUCUGGGGCAGAAGUAUGUGGUUGUGCCCAUCAAUGAGCAGAACAUUCAUUGGUGGCUUGCAAUCAUUUGCCAUGCAAAGCGGGCACUUGAUGAACCUGGCGGCGAGCCGUCUCUUGCAGAGAUGCCGCGCAUCGUUUGUUUGGAUUCCGCGCCCGAGCCACCGCUGAAGGGGCGGGUCGUUGCCUUUCUGCGAGGCUACUUGUGGAAAGAAUGGUGCGAGAGACACGGUGGCGCUGACAGUCUUGCAGAUGCCGCCCAGUGGGCUCAGAAAUUAGACAAGGUGUCUGGACGCUUGAAGGUGGUCGAAGCCGAUGUCCCGAAACAGGCCAACAGCUUCGAUUGCGGGAUUUUCUUGAUUGAGUAUCUCCUGCACUUGCUUCAGUCCAACACUGCCCUGGCUGGACUAGGACUCGCUGCGCACAGACACUGGUUUGGACAGCG